AUGAAUGUGUUUCACUCCAUCAUUUUUGGAUAUAUCUUCACUGUUUCUGCUCCAAUGGCAAAGUGUGCUUUACAAGUCCUUUCAGCCCAGAGUGGUGAGACCCUGCCUGACAAUUUUAUAGGGUUUGACUCCGUCCCUGACAAAGUGGUAGACGGCUCAGUGGUCCGCGUGCGGUAUCAGUGCUCCAGGCAAUGUCAGCUUGCAGUCGAGGUGGUGGUGUCCACAUUGCAGGAGACAGAUUUAGUGGUCUUCAGGAGAAAGUGGAUCAGCAGCCGAACCCAAGUCUACAGGAUCCAUCAGGUGCCGCUCAGACUGCCUCCGUCCAUUUCAUAUCAACUCGACUUUUUCAACAGGAACAUUUUGGACACGCAGAAUAUGACAGUCCGUGCUUGGCUGGACAGUUUUAAAAAUGGCAGUGAACUCAGCACAUACCGCAGCUCCAUGUUGAGGAUUUAUAAAGUGCUGCAGAUAAUUCCACCCUCUGAGCGGCCAAGUAAACCUCCCACCGGGUGCCCGUCAUGGUCGGCUCAACUAAUGUGGCAGAUGACCAGCCACAGAAUCCAUCAGUGUCCACAUGAGUCAGAUGUAAUCGAUAUGCUAAAGUUCCCUCUGGCAAGUACUGGUGAGCACUUUGGAGUGAUCCGCAGGUUCCAGCCUUUCAUCGACAGAGCUCUAGAGAGAGCCCGACUUCAUGCUGUGACACAGCCCAGCGUCACCUUAUCUGUGUGGAUAUACCUACUGAAAUGGUGUCAGAAGAAGCUAUGUGGGAUCAUCCAUCAUGUCAAUGGAAAAAGUUCAUAUGACACGCUUCUGAUGCAACUUACAGACACAGGGGGCAUCGUAAUUCAGGCACGUAAGAGAACGGGAGCAGAUGAAGCAUUUCAAGCCCGAGCAGCGUUGCCCCUGUGGAAAUGGAUUAGAUUAGACUGUUACAUACAGGACUCAAAGGUGCUGCUGGAAACCACAUGGGAUGGUCAAACCAAAAAAUAUGUAUAUGGAUUUCGGGACAGCAUCCAUUAUGAUGACACUGACGGAUACUUUGUGAUCGGAGGAAGCAGAUACUUAGCAGGCAUCGCUGGGUAUUUCGGGCCUAUCAGAUACUACCGUUUUGGAACCAAACAGAUCAAAAAUGAACUGCAUUCUGUGUCAACAUUACAUGAACUGCAGAGGACUCACUAUGAGUGUCAGGAAAUAAGAGCAUUUACGAAAGAGUUUCUGCAAGAAGUGACGGAGAAUCACCUUCUGUCGCCAGUCAGCAGAGAUGUCUGUACCCCCGACUUCUUAAGGCUGCGGGGUCAGUUUCAAUCAAAAGAGAAAACAUGCACACAAACAUGGACGUUUGAAACACAGUUAAAGCACAGCACUCUGUUUCAUUUCUUGCUAACAAUGGAGGAGGAAAUUGGAACAGGGUUUUUGGGCUUGAAGCACCUCAGGAGUGCUUUGUUUAAGGAAGCAGUUGGAACAAUGUUGCCUGUGGAUAAGGCACAAAUGAAAAUCACAUCCCAAUCAAUGGCACUGUUACGAGCGUCCUCCUGCUUUGGAAAUCACAGAGCAUCUCUCUUAUUGGCCACCAUCCAUCUCUCUGGCCUGGGACAUUCAGUCAAUCAUGAGCAGGGUCAUGUCUACAGUUUGAUUGGCGCCUCGGGUGAUGACCGUUUUGCCCUGAUGCAUGCAGGGUACAAACACUUGAUGGGAAUUGAUGGGUUUCCUAAAGACUUGGAUAUGGCUUAUAGCUACUAUUCCAACGUUGGAACACAGAGCAGCAUUGACAGGUCCAGAAUACAUGAAAACAUGCAAUACGCCAUUGAACAUAUCUAUUUAAACAAUGAAGAGGAUUUAAGCCGCCUGACACACGAGACAAGUGAUGAUUUCCAGUAUCUGAAAUUCAAAGCAGAGAGAGGAGACAUAGAAUCUCAGAAACACAUGGGAACAAUGCUGUACUGGGGGCAAAAUGGAGUCUCAAAAGACAUAGUGAGUGCGGUGAAGUGGUUCGAGAGAAGUGCUAUGCAAAUGAAGGAUCCCUCUGCGAUGUACGACUACUCCAUCCUACUGAUGAAGGGCCAGGGAGUGAAAAGGAACAACACCCGAGGUUUUCGGCUGAUGAAAAAAGCAGCAGCAAUGGGCUCAAUUAAUGCCUUGAAUGGUCUAGGCUGGUACCAUGGGACUGUACUGAAGGACCACAAAACUGCAGUGAAAUUCUUUGAACAAGCUGCUUUAAAUGGGAGCCAUGAUGGGAUGUUCAACCUGGGGAUUUAUCACCUCAGUGGGCUGAACCCAGACAGACCGCAGAAAAAUGAGAGUGCUGCUUUUGAGCAGUUUCUGAAUGCAUCUGAGCUUGGUCAUAUAGCUGCAUCGGUGGAAGCUGCUUGGUACCUUUCGACAGGAUGCCUGGAAGGGGUGUCUCAGGAUAUGAAGAGGGCUGUGAUGCUGCUGAAAAAGGUCUGUGAACAAAAUGGACACCUUGGAUUUAUGAUAAGAGAGGCUCUUCAGGCCUACCUCCAGGGCUCGUGGCAGGAAACCUUUGUGAAGUAUCUUUUGGCAGCUCAAACUGGUCUAGGUUUGGCCCAGAGCAAUGUUGCACACCUGUGUGAGGAGCUGAAUCUCGGUUAUGAGCAUCAGUGGAGAUAUCAUAACUACUCUAUAUUAAACUCUGAUCCCCAUCCGUCCGCUCUGCUGAAAAUGGGAGACUACUAUUACUACCAUUCCCCCAGCACACAAGAGGACUCAUUAUCCUUGGCUGAGCAGGCCAUAUCAAUGUAUAGCAGAGCAGCACUAGCAGGCAGCCCUCAGGGAAUGUACAACUUGUUUGUUUUGGCGCAAGAAGGCCACAGCCUUCCACAGAGCGUCCUCAGCUUGGUUAAUGUUUCCCGUCACGAUGAUCUGGAUAAGGUGAUGGAGAGGAUCCUAAAAAGAUGUGCAGUGAUGGAGGGUGAAAAGGCAGUGACGCCCUGUUCUUUAGCUCUGCUCGGACUCCAGAUGGGAAAAGCCUUGAGGAGAAUGACUCAGAACCGUGCACAGCUCCUCUUGGUGUAUACAUCUCUUCUUGCUGUCCUUGUCAUUGCUGCUGUGGCUCUGUUGAAAAGCUCUCUUGUGGACAGAUACCCUGCAAAUGCACCAAGGGCACGGACGUCAUCUGACAGCCACGAUGGUGUCGUCUUGAAUAGAGGGCAAGAUGGCAUCAUGGGAAGAACCUACACAGUGGCAUGGAAUCUAGGGCUUACCAUGAAUGGCGAGCAGUGGCUGCGACAGACUAGCGAUUUGGCUGUGACCGUGUUGGGUGUGUGCUUGUGUGCUUUCUGGACCGCACUACUCUAUCAUCUUUUAUGACAUAACAUACCAAGGGCAGUGAUCCAAUAGCCACAGCAAAAGCCCCAGACACUACAUAUUGUAAGAGCAUGCAUUUAGCAGAUGAGUUACAGAACUAUUCGUGUGACACAUUUCUGUUUUGGAGGCGUGUGACUCAUGUCAAGACAGGAAGAGGAGAAGCUCGGGUUAGGUGGUGAGCAAGCCUCUUUAUUUAAGAGCUGAUAACUUUUUUUCCAGCAAUAAUAUUUCUAUUGUUUUAUUUGUGGAAAAUAAAAUCCUUACCGUACAAUCCAUCUAAUUAAUGCUGAGUACAGGAAGGACCUUUUUCUUAUCUAGCCUGUACGCCCAAUAAAAAUAUAAAUGUGAUACCUGUGUAUAAAAAAAGCAACAAGAGUCGGCCUCAGUGAUGGAUGAGAUGUUAGGCCAAAAGCUCUGUUUUAAUAAGUCAACUAUUAAGGCUUGCCUCCUGUCCUAUCAGUGGCAUGUUGAUGAUAAACGUUGCUCAGGAGACAAGACAUGUGGCAACAGCAUGCAGGGCGCUUAACUGUUGGCCCUGGUAUACGGCUGGAGCAGUGGAAUUUCCCUCGAUAUUGAUUGAAUCUCUUGUUGACCGGGUGCUUUUGGUCAAAAUCUCAGUUUUAUCCAUCACUAAGGAGAGUUUGGCUGGAAAGGAAGUAACUAUGGGAAUGGGUGACACUUCAAACACACCUUUAGAGCCUGUUUUUGGGGUGUUGGUAAAAAAAGAAAAGUAAUGCGCCUCUGCGGUGCUGUUGUUUCUGCAUUCAUAAAGAUAACAGGCGAUUUCCUUUGAGGGAUUUUGUUUCUAUGGCUGCCAAUGAGCACGAGGAAGAGGCAGUGUCACUCAGUUCGUAACAGUUAUUUACAGCUCUGAGUGACUUGUGAUGAUGUGCAGUUUAUAGCUGGUAUUCACUGGGCUGUCAUUAGUUAAAUAAGGAGUUUCACAGUGUAAACAGCUCCAUGUGGCACUCCGUCAGUUUACAGUGACGUCUGUGUAUAAUUUGGGGACGGACUAAUGAUCUCCCUCUUCUUUCAGCUAUCUCUGUCCACGAUGUUGUCUGUCUCUGGCUUUAAACACUGCCUACACAUACUGCUGUAAUCUCCAGGCUAGUGUUUUCCGCAGUUUAUGCGGUAGAAUCUUUUUGUGCAGGUCAUCAUAGGAUGAAAUUCAAAACAAAACAACUUUUUUCCACGCUGUUGCCCAAAAUAAGGUAAUAAUUCAUUUCUAGCCUUUAAAUGUUGUCAGUUACCAGAUUAUGAAAAUGAGAGGGAGGCCGGUGUUAUACUUAUUGCAUCUGUGUAUGCUCGGGCCAAUUUUUUUUUGUGACCAUGCUGACUUAUCCUACUACUGCUACAACAGCACCACCUCCACCAAAGCUGAAGAUUCCCUCCACACCAUGUAUGAAGCCCUGGAUCCAGAUCAUUGUUUAAGAUAUUUUCUUGAGAGCAUCAAAAGGAGGCCUCCCAAAUUAUCUUAUCUCAAAUGAAUAUGUAUUUGCAAAGAUCUAAUUUUUAAAAAAAAAGGUCCUGUUUUGCUCUGUGAAAUGAUGGUAAAGAAUCUCAGCUUGUAAAUGGGUCCAUAACUUUGUGAGUAAUCUGACAAAUAAACAAACAAACUGAACCAAUCACAUAACCUCCUUGGUGCAGAUAAAUAGUAUAGUAAGAGCAACUACCUGUCCAUAGUGUCUAUAGGUAUCCAUAUGAGCACCUAAGGAUUAUGCCAUGCGAGCAGUUCUUUAAGGCUGUACUGCUCAGCACCAUGUUUACAUAUUACUUAAAUGUUCUGCAAACUCAAAUAUCUAAAAUUGUAACAUGUACUUUCUAUUUUAAUUCAUUCAUUUGGACUAUUUUUUAUUUAAAUAAGCACCAUGUAACAGUACAGUUUCCACUGUAUCUUCUUUCAUCUGCAGUUUGCAUUUAUUCAGAGUGUGCUUGUCAGAGAAGUUCCAGGUUUGCAGCAGAAACUUAUGAGCAUCAGCAAAAGUAUGACGAGUUUUUGGUUACAGUUCAUUUGCUCAAGUUGUGUUUAAUUUACCGUCAUGCUAAAAUAGCAAAGCUGUGACACCAUGAGUAAAGGCGGACUUCAUAACUAUGCAGUGUUAACACAGCCAGAACUGUGUAGAGUGGCACAACACUCACUGUAAAAGAAUAUCCAAAAGUAAACAUCAAGCUGUCUUGAUGACAUUUAUGAGCUCGUGGGAUGGCGAAGCAUCCAUCCCUCCACAACUUGCAAGUAUUGCUACUCCUCUCAGAGUGCUGGUCAGAUUCUAGUGAUGCAAGAUGUCUCUGUCCUGGAUAUCUCUGUUUGAGAGCCUCCCUGACUUCCUGUUUUUAUUAGUUUGAGUAGUACAGCUCACCAGGGACAACAAAAUUGAUCACUAUCUUUUUGCGCUUCACACAUUUCAGUAACUGGUGAAUUGUGAUGGAUCAAAAGCUGCCACGUCAUUGAUGUUCUGGUUUCACUGGAGAAGGAAAAUAGGUGCAUUACUCACGUGUGCCUUAAGGAGUGGGAUUACGGUGCUAUGCUGUUUUUUGUACAAUUAAAUAAAAGGCUGAUA